CAAGCCUGUCUCACGAGACUCAUUUGAGUAUCCUCAUGUGGAUCGCCAUCAUUAUCCUACUACUUGCUGCUAAGGCCGAGGCCCGUGCAUCUUGUGAGCCCCUCUCUGGGAUCUUCAAGAAGGUUGAAGGCCCUUCGAAGCUCACUGGCGAUUUCAACUUCACUUCAACCCAUUUCAAUAUGAGCUUGGCAUACAAUGGUACAACAUACUCUCUUGGAGAUAUCUCCUAUAAGACGAAGAGCCAAGAGAUUUCGGCUAGAUUAUGCUGGGUCCAUAUACCUAAUGAUGUGAUCAAUAGAAUACCAAAGACCGUGAUUGAUCAUGUUGGACUUCCACGGCUCUAUUGGAGCGAGGGAGAGUUGAUGUUACCCGUGCGGUUCGGGUCAAAUAGAUCUAUUGAUACAGCAUAUUUCAAGAAGUAGGCGGUACACUCAUCGUCCUUGCCUACAGGAGAUAUUGAAGUGAUGACAGUGGAAAAGCUUCUCUCGAUAUGAGGAGCACCGAGACUCGAUGACUGACGAUUGCGAUGAUUUAUUACCAGUCAAGACCAUCUACCUCGGCGACUACUUUUUCAAUCACCACCAGUCUUCACAUGGCUUCCGA